AUACCACCACCCUAAUCUUCCAAAAACAACAACACACUCUUGUGAGAAGCAGCAGCAGGAGAGAAGAAGCCGCCAGAAAAAAAGAUGCCAGCCGGACAUGGGUUAAGAUCUCGAACAAGAGACUUGUUCGCAAGAGGGUUCAGGAAGAAGGGAACCAUCCAUCUCUCGACAUAUCUAAGAACAUAUCAUGUCGGUGAUUAUGUCGAUAUUAAGGUUAAUGGUGCUGUUCACAAAGGCAUGCCCCAUAAGUUCUACCAUGGCCGUACUGGUCAGGUCUGGAAUGUCACCAAACGUGCUAUUGGUGUUGAGAUGAACAAACAGGUUGGAAACAGGAUUAUCAAGAAGAGAAUUCAUGUGCGCAUUGAACAUGUGAUGCCAUCCAGGUGCAAUGAAGAGUUGAAAAUGAGGAUCAAGAAGAACGAUCAACUGAAGGCAGAGGCUAAGGCGAAGGGUGUGGUGAUCAGUACCAAGAGGCAACCAUUGGGACCCAAGCCAGGAUUUAUGGUGGAAGGAACUACUCUCGAAACUGUAACUCCCAUCCCCUAUGAUGUUGUCAACGAUCUUAAGGGUGGAUAUUAAGUUUAAAGUUUGUUUUAAAACUUUUUGGCAGUUUAUGUUUCAUGACUUUGUUAUGUUUAAUGUACUUUAUUUUUAAUUUCGACUGGAUCUGUCUCUCUUCAAUGAAAACCGAGUUUUGGGUUA